GUUGCUUUCCUCAUCCCAACACCCCCCAUGUUAUAUAUAGAGCUCACCUGUGUAGACCUUCCUCACUCAAGCUCAACCCACUGAAAACCGCCAAGAUGAAAGUCGUGAACAUGACAUUUAAGGAGGGGCAUGAGUUCAAAAUCCGUAUCAAACCCGAUGAUGACUCCAAUUCAUUUGCGAUAAACAUCGGCCAUGAUUCUGAGAACCUUGCCCUGCACUUCAACCCCCGCUUUGACCAUUGUGGAGAAAGCGACGUCAUUGUCUGCAACUCUUCGUCUGGGGGAUCCUGGGGGAAUGAGGAGCGUUGCUCAAAUUUCCCCUUCCAGCGUGGAGAGGAAUGCAAGUUUUACAUCAACUUCAACUGGGAGCAGUUCUUUAUCAAACUUCCCGAUGGCAGCAUGAUGAACUUCCCCAACCGCCUGGGAGAUACCAAGUACAAGUACUUUGAUGUCAGCGGUGAGGCGAGGAUUGUGGGAAUCAAGAUCAAGUAGAGGCUCGAGCUGAAGCUCCUCCCCUGUUUGCAUGUAAUAGUUUGUUUUUAUAUUAUUGAGCCCUGGUCUGAUUGUCCACAUUUUGUAACACUGCAAAACAACGCUGUGUAUAUCAACUAACAGUGUGCUGAUGUUGUAAUGAGACGAUGCGGCCUGAAGAUGGAGCCACAGCACAUCUCUUAUGUCACAUCAGCUGUGCAUGUCUUAAUAAAAACUGAAAAAAGA